AUGCGGCGGUCCCUGUCCCUCCUCGCACGGCAGGUGGCGUGGCGGCGGCUGCUGAGCAACGUGCCGGAGUCCACCGUCUACGGGGGGCCACGCCCGCAGGAGUCCUCGGCGGCGCGGCGCGUGACGGUGACCACCCUCCGCGGGAAACAUCGCCGCGGGGAGCCCAUCACCGUCGUCACCGCCUAUGACUACCCCUCGGCGGUCCACGUCGACUCCGCGGGCAUCGACGUCUGCCUCGUCGGGGACUCCGCCGCCAUGGUCGUCCACGGCCACGACACCACGCUCCCCAUCACGCUCGAGCUCAUGCUCGAGCACUGCCGCGCCGUGGCCCGGGGCGCGCGGCGGCCGCUUCUCAUCGGCGAUCUCCCGUUCGGCUGCUACGAGUCCUCUGCCGCGCAGGCUGUUGAUUCAGCUGUGAGGGUGCUGAAGGAAGGUGGAAUGGAUGCAAUCAAGCUGGAAGGGGGUGCGCCAUCGAGGAUCGCUGCAGCUAAGGCUAUUGUGGAGGCUGGUAUUGCAGUCAUGGGGCAUGUUGGCCUCACACCGCAAGCUAUUAGUGUGCUCGGUGGAUUUAGGCCUCAAGGGAAGACGGUUGACAGUGCUGUAAAGGUUGUGGAGACAGCACUUGCCUUGCAGGAGGCUGGAUGCUUCUCGGUUGUGUUGGAGUGUGUGCCUGCUCCAGUGGCAGCCGCUGCAACAUCAGCAUUGAAAAUCCCAACCAUUGGCAUUGGGGCUGGACCAUUCUGUAGUGGACAGGUGGUAAGGUGA